ACCAAUACAAAUUACACCCUAAUAUUAAAACCCGAUAUACCGGUCUAUCAGGAACCGGUUUACUGGUUAGUAAAUUUUCUGUUCUUCGGUGGAUUCGUCUUCCACUCAUCGAGCUCAUCCAUUAGAGCCGAUGCUUCUGCUUCCAUCAUGGUCACGCUCUCAUCUCCAUCUCCCUCAAUCUCUUGUGUAGAGAGCGGGACAUGUAAAUCGUCUCACGUUUCUCGUGUCCUAAUCUCUGGUCCUGAUAACAAUCUCGGCGAAUCGUCGGAGCCCAAGAUACUGAGAGAUGUUCAUAUCUCAGAAAGGUUGAUGGAGGAUUUCACUGAGCUUGCGAGAGAAAACACUGAGAAGGACCUCGAGACUUGUGGAACUCUCGCUGCCUUUCUUGAAAGAGGAAUUUUUUAUGUAACCACUCUGAUCAUACCUAAGCAAGAAUCAACUGCUAAUUCAUGUCAAGCUAUGAAUGAAGUGGACGUGUUUUCCAUACAAAACGAAAGAGAACUUCAUCCUGUAGGAUGGAUUCAUACUCAUCCUUCUCAAGGUUGUUUCAUGUCAUCAGUAGAUCUGCAUACACAUUACUCUUAUCAGGUAAUGGUGCCAGAGGCUUUUGCAGUCGUAGUGGCUCCAACCGAUAGCUCUAGGAGUUACGGGAUAUUUAAGCUAACGGACCCGGGAGGAAUGGAGGUAUUGAGAGGCUGCUCGGAGACUGGGUUCCACCUGCACGAAGAACCAGAAGAUGGGAACCCGGUUUAUGAACAUUGCUCAAACGUUUACAAGAACUCGAACCUUAGGUUCGAGAUUUUUGAUCUGCGCUAAGGUAAAGACCCUUCCAUGGCCUUGUCAGUAAAAAAAGGUUCAAGCUUUAUCCACUGUGGGCAAAGGAUGUCAAUAGUAACAGAUCAUAACCAUAAACCUAACCGGAACUGUAUACAUAGUCUGAGAAGGCUGUCCGAUUCGGGGUAUAAGCAAAGAUCACCUUCUAUUAAGCUACAGCAAUGUUAAUUAUUUAAUGUAAGUGAAUCAUUUGGUUCCAUACACGUAAACAUUGAGAUUGUCUGGCGUA